GAAAAAGAAAAAGAAAAGAAAAAACCCAAGCAGCUGCGCUCUUCUCUUUUCCCUCUUCUCGUCUCAACACUCUCUCUAGACUUGGCUCCUCUUUCUCUCCGGGCUUGCCCCAAUUCGGGUGAUUGGAUCUGUCAUUUCUGUAAUUUUCUCAUCUGGAUCUCUCUAAUUCAGCUGUGAAUCGAGCAAUUUUGGUUAUUGACUUUAAUUUUCUGGAGAAAAUUAGGGCGAGAAAGUGAGGGGAAAUGAAGAUUCCCUGCUGUUUGGUGUGCCAGACUCGGUACAACGAGGAGGAGAGGGUUCCCUUGCUGCUUCAAUGCGGUCAUGGCUUCUGCAAGGAGUGUCUCUCUCGAUUGUUCUCUGCAUCUCCCGAUACCAACCUCUCUUGCCCCCGCUGCCGCCACGUGUCGUCCGUGGGGAACUCCGUUCAGGCGCUGAGGAAGAACUACGGCGUCCUCGCGCUAAUCCAGUCAUCCUCCGCGCCGUCCUCGGCGUUCGACUGCGAUUUUACAGAUGAAGACGAGGACAACGAGGACGAGCUUGUUAACGAAGAGGAGGAGGACGACGAGUCACACCGGCGCCGCCGAUGCAGCCGCGGCUCGUACACGUCGAGCUCCAGCUGUGGACCGGUGAUCGAGCUGGCGUCGCACCAGGACUUGAGGCUGGUGAAGCGGAUUGGGGAAGGGCGGCGCGCCGGAGUGGAAAUGUGGGCGGCUGUGCUCUCCGGCGGGUCAGGGCGGUGCCGCCACGGUGUGGCGGCUAAGAAGGUGGUGGUCGGGGAGGACACUGAUUUGGGUUGGGUGCAGAACCGACUCGAUAAUUUGAGGCGUGCAUCAAUGUGGUGUAGAAAUGUGUGCACUUUCCAUGGAGCUACGAAAAUGGAGGGUUCUCUUUGUCUGAUAAUGGAUAGAUGUAAUGGUUCCGUUCAGUCCGAAAUGCAGCGCAAUGAAGGGCGGCUUACUUUGGAGCAAAUCCUGAGGUACGGGGCAGACAUUGCACGAGGGGUGGCUGAACUUCAUGCAGCAGGUGUUGUUUGUAUGAAUCUGAAACCAUCCAAUCUUCUUUUGGAUGCCAAUGGUCAUGCAGUGGUUUCUGAUUAUGGACUUCCAGCAAUUUUGAAGAAACCUGCCUGCAGGAAAGCUCAAUCAGAGUGUGAUUCCUCUGGAAUCCAUUCAUGUAUGGAUUGUACAAUGCUCAGUCCACACUACACAGCCCCAGAGGCAUGGGAACCACCAGUAAAGAAGCCGUUAAAUAUAUUCUGGGAUGAUGCAAUUGGUAUAUCUCCUGAGUCUGAUGCUUGGAGCUUUGGCUGUACAUUGGUGGAAAUGUGCACUGGUUCCAUCCCGUGGGCUGGUUUAAGUGCAGAGGAAAUCUAUCGAGCUGUUGUCAAGUCUCGCAGACAACCUCCUCAAUAUGCAGGUGUAGUUGGUGUUGGAAUACCUAGGGAAUUGUGGAAGAUGAUUGGUGAAUGUCUACAAUUCAAGGCAUCCAAAAGACCAACUUUUAAUGCAAUGUUAGCAACAUUUCUCCGUCACUUGCAAGAGAUACCUCGCAGCCCUCCUGCGAGCCCUGAGAAUGAAUUUCCCAGACCUCCUGGAACAAAUGUGUCAGAACCAGCGCCUGCACCUUUGGAGGUUUUCCAGGAUAAUCCCAACCAUCUACAUCAACUUGUAUCUGAAGGGGAUUUGAAUGGUGUAAGAGAUUUGCUUGCAAAGGCUGCUUCAGGAGGCAGUAGCAUCUCAAUUUAUUCUCUAUUUGAAGCACAAAAUUCUGAUGGCCAAACUGCUCUCCACUUGGCUUGUAGACGUGGAAGUGCAGAACUUGUUGAGGCAAUUUUGGAGCACAGAGAGGCAAAUGUGGAUGUCCUGGACAGAGAUGGGGAUCCUCCCCUAGUUUUUGCUUUAGCAGCUGGAUCGCCAGAAUGCGUUCAGGCUCUCAUCAGAAGAGGUGCAAAUGUCAGAUCUAGGUUGAGGGAAGGCUUUGGUCCAUCAGUUGCUCAUGUCUGUGCCUUCCAUGGCCAACCUGAUUGCAUGCGUGAGCUACUGUUGGCUGGAGCUGAUCCAAAUGCAGUGGAUGAUGAAGGUGAAUCUGUGCUGCACAGGGCAAUCGCCAAGAAAUAUACAGAUUGUGCCCUUGUCCUUUUGGAAAAUGGGGGCUGUGAGUCUAUGGCUGUUCUGAAUUCCAAAACUCUGACACCUUUGCACUUGUGCGUAGCAACAUGGAAUGUGGCUGUUGUCAGAAGGUGGGUAGAGGUGGCAUCUCCUGAAGAGAUCGCUGAGGCAAUUGAUAUACCAAGUGCAGUUGGCACUGCACUGUGUAUGGCAGCUGCUUUAAAGAAGGAUCAUGAAAUUGAGGGGAGAGAACUAGUACGGAUAUUGCUUACUGCUGGGGCAGAUCCAACUGCUCAAGAUGUGCAGCAUAGGCGAACAGCUUUGCACACUGCUGCUAUGGCUAAUGAUGUUGAAUUGGUCAAGAUUAUUCUUGAUGCUGGGGUCGACGUGAACAUCCGGAAUGUGCAUAACACAAUUCCCCUUCAUGUCGCAUUGGCCAGGGGUGCAAAAUCAUGCGUUGGAUUGCUUUUAUCUGCUGGGGCAAAUUGUAACUUGCAGGAUGAUGAAGGUGACAACGCAUUCCAUAUAGCAGCUGAUGCAGCAAAAAUGAUACGUGAAAAUCUUGAAUGGCUCAUUAUCAUGCUGAGGAAUCCAGAUGCUGCUGUUGAAGUUAGAAAUCACAAUGGGAAGACAUUAAGGGACUUUCUGGAGGCCCUUCCCCGGGAAUGGAUUUCUGAAGAUCUAAUGGAGGCACUCAUGAAUAGAGGGAUUCAUCUUUCUACUACAGUAUUUGAAAUUGGAGACUGGGUGAAAUUUAAAAGAAGUAUAUCUACUCCUUCAUAUGGGUGGCAAGGUGCGAAACAUAAGAGUGUUGGCUUUGUGCAGAGUGUUCCAGACAGGGACAAUCUAAUUGUGGCAUUUUGUUCUGGAGAGGCUCGUGUAUUGGCAAAUGAAGUUAUAAAAGUGAUUCCAUUAGACAGGGGACAGCAUGUGAAACUUAAACCAGAUAUCAAAGAGCCAAGGUUUGGCUGGCGAGGCCAAUCACGUGACAGCAUUGGAACUGUUCUCUGUGUUGAUGAUGAUGGGAUUUUGCGUGUUGGGUUCCCCGGAGCAUCCAGAGGAUGGAAAGCUGAUCCAGCUGAAAUGGAAAGGGUAGAAGAAUUUAAGGUUGGGGACUGGGUCCGUAUUCGUCCCACUCUUACAACAGCAAAGCAUGGACUUGGAUCUGUAACCCCAGGGAGCAUUGGUAUAGUGUAUUGUGUUAGACCAGAUAGUAGCCUGUUGUUGGAACUGAGCUAUCUUCCAAAUCCAUGGCAUUGUGAACCAGAGGAGGUUGAGCCUGUUGUACCUUUCAGGAUUGGUGACCGGGUAUGUGUGAAGAGGUCUGUUGCAGAGCCUAGAUACGCUUGGGGUGGUGAGACCCAUCAUAGUGUAGGAAGGAUAAGUGGGAUAGAGAAUGACGGUCUCCUGAUAAUUGAAAUACCAAAACGACCAAUACCAUGGCAGGCUGAUCCUUCUGACAUGGAAAAGGUUGAGGAUUUCAAGGUUAGGGAUUGGGUUAGAGUGAAAGCUUCAGUAUCCUCCCCAAAAUAUGGGUGGGAGGACGUAACACGGAAUAGCAUUGGGCUAAUCCAUAGCUUGGAGGAGGAUGGUGAUGUGGGUAUUGCUUUCUGCUUCAGGAGCAAGCCUUUCCGUUGUUCAGUGACAGAUGUAGAGAAGAUGCCUCCCUUUGAAGUGGGACAAGAGAUUCAUGUGAUGCCAUCCAUUUCUCAGCCACGGCUUGGAUGGUCAAAUGAAACUGCUGCUACUGUUGGAAAGAUAGUAAGAAUUGACAUGGAUGGGGCUUUAAAUGUGAAAGUACCUGGCAGACUUAGCUUGUGGAAAGUUUCUCCUGGAGAUGCAGAGAAGCUUUCAGGAUUUGCAGUUGGUGAUUGGGUACGUUCAAAACCCAGCCUGGGAACUAGACCAAGUUAUGACUGGAACACUUUUGGGAAAGAAAGUUUAGCAGUUGUGCAUAGCAUACAGGAUACUGGUUAUCUGGAGUUGGCUUGCUGUUUCCGUAAAGGGCGAUGGAUUACACAUUAUACAGAUGUUGAAAAGGUUCCUUGCUUCAAAGUUGGGCAGCAUGUUCAGUUCCGGAGUGGAUUGCAUGAGCCAAGGUGGGGCUGGAGAGGGACGCGAUCUGAUUCACGUGGUGUUAUAACUAGUGUGCAUGCUGAUGGAGAAAUGAGGGUGGCGUUUUUUGGUCUUCCAGGAUUGUGGAGAGGUGAUCCUGCAGAUUUUGAGAUAAUGCAGCUGUUUGAAGUGGGAGAGUGGGUGAGAAUAAGAGAUGAUGCUGGUAGCUGGAAAACCAUAGGGGCAGGUAGCAUUGGCAUUGUACAAGGUAUAGGCUAUGAAGGAGAUGAAUGGGAUGGAACCAUUUCUGUUGGGUUUUGUGGGGAGCAAGAAAGAUGGGUGGGGCCUACUUCCCAUCUUGAAAGUGUGGAAAGGCUCAUGGUUGGGCAGAAGGUUAGAGUUAAACUCUCUGUGAAACAACCAAGGUUUGGGUGGUCAGGCCAUAGUCAUGGAAGCAUUGGGACCAUAUCAGCCAUCGAUGCUGAUGGAAAGCUGAGAAUAUAUACUCCAGCAGGCUCAAAAGCAUGGAUGCUGGAUGCAGCAGAAGUGGAGCUGGUGGAGGAAGAGGAACUUGGAAUUGGAGACUGGGUUAGGGUUAGGGCAUCAGUCUCGACCCCUACUCACCAUUGGGGAGAAGUCAGUCAUGCAAGCAUUGGUGUGGUCCAUCGGAUGGAAAAUGAUGAGCUAUGGGUGGCAUUCUGCUUCAUGGAGAGAUUAUGGCUUUGCAAGGCUUGGGAAAUGGAAAAAGUUCGGCCUUUCAAAGUAGGGGAUAGAGUGAGGAUCAGAGAAGGGCUGGUGACCCCGCGGUGGGGCUGGGGAAUGGAGACACAUGCAAGCAAAGGGCAGGUGGUGGGAGUAGAUGCCAAUGGGAAAUUGAGGAUUAAGUUCCAGUGGAGAGAAGGGAGGACUUGGCUAGGAGAUCCAGCAGAUAUUGUUCUUGAUGAGACCAUACCUGGCACUACUGGCACUUUAUGAUAACCUUAUCUUUCAGUUCAUUACACAGACUUUUGGUUUCGGGCCUCUCGCUCAUUCAUCAGGGAAGUGAAAGUGGGAGCGGCUGCUGCUGCUAGUGGGAUUGUGCGCUAUGCAGUUGAAGUUGCUUGGAAAUUAUACGAUCAUUGUAAGUGUAUGCUGCGAUGAUGGUAUAGUUUAUUUAUUGUCAAUAAACAGAAAGAGCAGAGAGAUGGAUAGUGAGGAGAACUUGGCUUGCCUUACUGUUAAUGAUAGGAUACAAGAGCAGCCAAGAAAGAGAUAGGAGUAGGCCAUUUUUAUUUCAUAGAUAAAUGACCUUUUUUCCGGUAUAUAUAUGGUUAUAUUUUUCUUCUGUACAAAUUUGAACCCUAUGAUAUCCAGAGCUAUUACCUUUUUUUCUUC